AUGGCGGGGAGGGGGAAGCUAAUUGCGGUGAUCGGAGACGAGGACACGGUGACUGGUUUCCUGCUGGGCGGCAUAGGGGAGCUUAACAAGAACCGCCACCCUAAUUUCCUGGUGGUGGAGAAGGACACUACCAUCAAUGAGAUCGAAGACACGUUCAGGCAGUUUCUAAACCGGGACGACAUCGGCAUCAUCCUCAUCAACCAGUACAUCGCAGAGAUGGUGCGGCACGCGCUCGAUGCCCACCAGCGCUCCAUUCCGGCCGUACUGGAGAUCCCGUCCAAGGAGCACCCCUAUGAUGCUGCCAAGGACUCCAUCCUGCGCAGGGCCAGGGGCAUGUUUACGGCCGAAGACCUGCGCUAGGGGCCUCCCCGCAGCCAGGCAGCCUCUCCCCAGACUUGUCAUCAGCUCUUCUCUAAGAUUCGAGCCUCUGAGUUCCAAUUCCCUGCCCCUUCCCACUCCACUGACAGGCUAGGUGAGGUGCUUCCAGGUUGCUGGGCUCUGCCAUUAAAAUCAAGGCUGGUUAGGGCACAGAAAGCCUGAGUGUCUUCUCUCCGCCACCUCUUCCCUGUGCUGUUAACACAGUGUCAUUGUUGAUGUUAAAUUAAAGUGAUGUUCUUG